UGCAAACUUUAUUAACUCACACAAUUCAAGUAUAUAUUGCUUCGAGUAGCUAGCAAAGCUUAAUUAAAUAUUAGACGACCGUAUAUAUAUACCAUAGUUGUGAUCGAUGGGGGGAGCCGGGCAUCAUGACCGUCGUCGUCGUGAUCUCUUAUUCUUUAUUAUUAUGGUGAUAGUAGUGAUGAACCAUAAUAAUAAGAAUAAUGGAGGAGGAGGAGUAGGGGUGGACGAUCUGAGGAUGGAUUACUAUGUGACGGCGGGACGACGGUGUCCUUUGGCGGAUUUGGUCGUUAGGAACACCGUGAACAGCCACUUGCAGGACGAUCCUACCCUCGUCGCUCCUCUUCUCCGCCUCCACUUCCAUGACUGCUUCGUCCAGGGGUGCGACGCGUCGGUGCUGAUAGAUUCAACAGAGGAGAACAAGGCGGAGAAGGACUCGCCGGCCAACUUGAGCUUGAGAGGUUUUCAAGUCAUUGACGAGGCCAAGGAGGAGCUCGAGAAGGGAUGCCCCGGCGUUGUUUCUUGUGCUGAUAUCGUCGCCAUGGCCGCUCGAGAUGCUGUUUUCUUUGCUGGAGGACCAUAUUAUGAGAUACCCAAGGGGAGAAAAGAUGGAAGGAGAUCGAGAAUUGAAGACACCAUUAAUCUCCCCUCUCCCACUCUCAACAGCUCUGACCUCAUUGCCGCGUUUGGGAGCCGUGGCUUUACCACUCAAGAAAUGGUGGUCUUGUCAGGCGCACAUACCCUAGGCACGGCGAGGUGCGCAUCAUUCAAACAGCGACUGAGUGGCUCCGGCGGGACCCACGAAGUGGACCCCACAAUCGACAGCCGCUUCGCGGAGGUGCUGUCGAGAACAUGCAGCGCCGGCGACAGCACAGAGCAAACAUUGGAUUCGACCAGGAACGAAUUCGACAACGACUACUUCAACGCGCUACAGGGAAAGAGAGGCGUCCUUUUCUCCGACCAGACCCUCUUUGCCGGGCCAACCACACGGGGCCUGGUCAAUGGUUACGCUAUGAACCAGGCACUCUUCUUCUACCAUUUCCAGCUAGCCAUGGUGAAGAUGGGUACGCUCGACGUUAAAGAAAAGUCCCAAGGAGAAGUCAGACGAAAUUGUCGUGCAGUCAACAGCUGAACUUCCACAUUACUCAAUAUAUCGCGUUACGGCCCGAUUCCAUGGCCACUGGAUUCCAGUGGCCACAGAAGCCACUGCCCCCUAUGGAGCUCUGUUCAAAAAAUUGAUGAUUCCUACCCCCCGGUAAACCCCCCGCCAAGUCCUGACCCAAACUCAUUCCCCCACCUACGUCAAUUGCACCUCGUAAGCAUAAAGUCAAAAGUUUUGA